AGUCCUAAAUGAGAGAAACCGUCGACACCUGUGUUUGUAUCACUGCUGUCACCACCAACUCUCCUCUCUCCUUUCUUGGGCGGAACAUUUGGGCAUUUUGCGCCACCUUGUGAGUGAACUCCUCCCUCGGUGGAGCCGUACACAUCUGUCCAAAGAUGGUGUCGCUCCUGCGCUCCCUCCGGCAUCACGCAGACGAGGUCAGCUGUUGCGCUUUCUCUCCGGCUCUCCUCGCCACCUGCUCCGCGGAUAAAACCCUCCGUGUGUACCAGACAGAGGACUUCCUGGAGCUUCCCUUCUCCCCGCUGUCGGGUCACGGCUACGGGGUCCACUGCUGCUGCUUCAGCGCGUGUGGCAGCUACCUGUUCAGCUGCUCCACCGACGGGUCCGCCCUCGUGUGGGCCGCGGGGACAGGUGAGGUGGCCGCGGCGCUGCAGCAUCCGACCCGCAGUCCGCUCCGGGUGUGCGCGGUGUCACCGGGCUCCUCCUCCUCCUCCUCCUCCUCUUCCCCGCUGCUGCUGCUGGCCGGGGCCUGCGACGGCACCGUGGCCCUCUGGGACUCCUCCAAGACUUUACGCAGGUGCCGUGCAGUGAGCGAGGCCAGUGUUGUUGCCUGCUGCUUCUCUCCCUGUGGCCAGAUGUUUGUGACCGGCUGCACCGGCGGAGACCUCAAACUGUGGGACACGGACAUCAACCUCCUGCAUGCUGAGAAGGACGCCCACGACCUGGGAGUCACCUGCUGCAGCUUUGCACCGCAGUUUAUAAUCAAUGGCUGCUGUGUGGAGUUUCGACUGGCCUCCUGUGGACAAGACAGCCGGCUGAAAAUACGGAUUGUUUCCCAGCGUGAAGGUGCAGCCUGUGUCAUGAAGUUGCUGCACACUCUCACCAGCCAAACGGCUCCAGUUCUGUCCUGUGCCUUCUCUUCUGAUGGACAGCUGCUUGUUUCGGGUUCAGUGGAUAAAAGUGUUGCGAUAUAUGAUGCGAACCUGGGAACUCUGCUCCACACUUUGAAACAGCAUGACAGGUAUGUGACGGCUGUUGCUCUGUCUCCCACCAUGCCGUGGAUUGCAACCGGCUCCAUGGACCGAACCGUAAACGUGUGGAGAAUAGGAGAUGAAGUCAGCAGAACUGCGGCUGAAUCAAGGAAGACUGUGUGCCAAGGAAGGAAGUUGCCGGGUCACUCCAGGCUGCUGGUUGCUGAUUGGUCGGAGGAGGAUGUGCAGACUUGGUUGUGCGAGGAAGGACUGCAGGAGCUCGUCAGCAUCUUUAAAGCCAACAACAUCGAUGGAGCAGAGCUCAACCAGAUGAACAAGGAAACAGCAGCAGAGCUGGGAAUUGAGUCCUUUGGCCUCCGCGGUCGUCUCCUGAGGAAAAUCGAGGCCUUGAAGGCAGAGCAGAGCGGCUCAGAUGCUCCAGAUGAGUUUAUGUGUCCGAUCACCAGAGAGCUGAUGAAGGAUCCAGUCAUUGCUGCAGAUGGGUAUUCCUAUGAGCGAGAAUCCAUCGAGAGCUGGAUCAGCAAAAACAAAACCAGCCCCAUGACAAACCUGCUCCUACAGACCACGCUGCUAACCCCCAACAGAUCUCUGAAGAUGGCAAUAACACGAUGGAAGACGAGCCAGUAGACGGCAGAUGAUUUCAAGCUUGUUUGAAAACUUAACAGGUGCUUUAUCAUCAUAUUGGACCUGCUCAUCUGAUAAGAAAUGCUCUUGUAAUCAUUAAGUUAUUACUAAUAAUAAAGAUUUGUUCAAGGUGCAACUUAGUACAGUAAAGAGUCCUGUUAAGCCAAAUGUCUUCAUACCUGCUAAUUGUAAGGCUUUAUACUGUAUAUUUGAAGAUACCAUCAC